UCAGUGAUGAGUGUCCUGGUGUUCCUGAUGAGGGCGCUAUGCUGGCUGCUCUUACUGCCAGCUUUGCUGGAGGCAACAUCUCUGCUGAAAAUAAAAAAUGCAGAAGGACAAGUAAGCAUUGACUCUGCUCAGGCAAAUGACUUCCUGUCUAAUUCUCGGCCUAAGAGGAACAUUGAUCCUAAGUGGUAUCGUAGCACUCCUGACUUUCAGUCCUACUACCGCUUCUACAACAGCAUCGGCCACAUUGAAGGACUCUAUGAAAUCGAUAGAAUCAGGAUGCUGUAUCAGCAGAUGCGUCAUUUGGAGUUGGUCCACGGCCCCGAUGCUUCCAGCUACCAAAGUGUCCUGGGUGUCCUGACCUCCACCGCAGCACCAACUACUACCUCACCACCUACCACGCAGCCUCCUCCCCCUCCCACCCUUCCUCCAACUCCAAACCCUCUGGCCAAUGCGGAGGUGAUCUACCUGUGCAACCCCAAAGAUGCACUCUGCAAGCCUCAGAUCGUCUACCUGCCGGCAGGGGCUGUCCCGGUGCUGUGUGACCCACGAUACAACCCGGACUGCCGGCCCAGAGCAGAGGAGGAAAUAAAAGCUGCUGCACCUCCACCACCACCGCCUCCCCCUGCCCCCAAAAAGUCAGCUCCACCUCCACCUCCUGUUUUUAUCAUCAAAGGUAUGGAGUAUGACUGCGAUCCAUACUGGGACCCUGACUGCCUCAUCGACCACCCUCCCCGCCCCGUCAAGGAAACUUCCACCAGUGCGCCGGCCGCGCCUGUCGAAGAGGAGGUGGUGAAGGAGGAAGCACCAACCGCCAAGGAAAGUGUUUCUGCUGCACCAGUGGACGAGAAAAACCCCUACCCUUACUUUGACCCUUAUGAUUUCAGUCGUGACCUUUUUGACCCCUACCGUUAUGCUAAUCCAGCUCCUGAAGAUGAGUAA